UGGAAUGAGGAGAGCGAUCAAACGGCGGUUAGAAUGGAUGGCGCACCGGACAACCGUGUCAAGCUCCAAACCCAAGCCAUUCACGGCGUUUACAUCCGUCCAAGACCAUCCCCAGCAGCUGGAAAGGUCGUUCUUCACGGCCAGCUUGGCCGCAUUUCCUCGCUCCAGGGCAGUCCCGGCACUUAAUCCUAAGUUCAAGAGUGUGGAUGUUUCGAGCGGGAAGGAAGAAUCCAUGCCCGAGAAAAGAGAAGAGAGCGACGAAGAUGGAGCGCCCUCCUUAACUUCUGGAGGACAGGAUGAAGAAAAACUGGUCGACGAUGAAGUUCCUCUGGCAAAGUCUGAGGAGGAAGAGAUUCUCGAGGAAGGGAUCUCGUUUGAGAAGAUCGAGGAAGAGGCAAAGCGUGCUGUGGAGCCUAUGCCGAGUGUGAUCAUCCUUGGAAGGCCAAAUGUUGGUAAAUCUUCGCUAUACAACAGGCUUGUACACAGAAAAGAAGCCAUCGUGUAUGAUACUCCGGACAGCCAUGUAACACGCGACAUUCGCGAAGGCUCCGCAAAGCUCUCGGACUUGCGUUUCAAAGUUUUCGACUCGGCCGGGCUGGAAACCUCCGAAGAAGGCGAGACUGUUCUUGCGAGGACAACGGGAUUAACAGCAACGUUUCUUCGAACUUGCCAUGCCGCUCUCUUUCUGAUCGAUGGGAGGGCCGGUGUGAGCCCUCUGGACAAAGAGGCUGUCAUGUGGUUUCGCAAACUCAACUUGAAUCUCCCGGUUGUUUUGGUGGUGAACAAAGCUGAGAAAAUCACAGGCGAUCACCAGAUAAUGGCAAACAUCGCGGAAAGCUAUAGCCUCGGGCUUGGCGAUCCUGUCCCGGUUUCAGCAGAAACUGGAGAAGGUUUGGCUGAUUUGUUCCAACGUCUCCAGCCGAUUUUGGAUGCCGCAAAAGAAAAGCUCGUCGACGAAGAAGAAGAGGAAGAGAAGAGCUUAGGAGGCCAAAAGCCUCUGCGUCUUGCCAUCGCUGGUCGAACAAACGUUGGGAAAUCCACAGUGAUAAACUCACUACUACGAAAAGAGCGAGUUCUCACGGGACCAGAGCCGGGGCUUACGAGAGACGCCAUCACGAUUGACUUUGAGUUUAACAAGAAGCCAGUGCGUCUGGUUGAUACUGCUGGAUGGAUUCAACGCUCCCAGCUGGAAGAAGGUCCCAUGGCUCUCAGUGCUAUGCUCGCUCGAAGAAGCUUAAUGACUGCUCAUGUGGUGGCAAUAGUACUCGACGCGCAAGAGAUCGCACAGUCAAAGAUGACACUUCGAAACUCCGAGGCAGCACUGGCACGAUGGGUGACCGACGAAGGCCGCGCACUUAUCAUCGUCGUGAACAAGAUGGACGUUCUCAAAGGUCAAAAGAAUGCCGACCUGAGGAAGAAACUCAUGGAGGCAGUUCCCAAAGAAAUCCAGCUUACGCUUCCUCAGGUGCUUGGAGUUCCUAUCAUCUUUGUCUCAGCUCUCAAGGGGCGUGGAAGAUCGACGAUCAUGAAGCUCGCGUUCGAGGCUUAUGACAAGUGGUGUACGAGGGUGUCGACUCCGAGACUGAAUCGUUGGCUUCACAAGGUGCUUGCUCGACAUCCCAAGAGAAAAGACGAGAAGAGAGCAAAGCCGAGGUACAUAACGCAGGUGAAGGCCCGACCUCCAACCUUUGUAUUGUUCGUGGCGGGAUUUUACAGCCUCGAAGAUCACGAGCUUCGAUUCAUUUCCAACGCCAUUCGCGAGGACUUUAACAUGGGAGGAAUCCCAGUUCGCGUUAUCCAGCGAACCAAGAAAGAGCUAGAGGGUGUUUAACUGUGUAUUAUUCAAAUAAAGUAGAAAUUUAACUUAA